AUGGAGGGGGGCGCCACAAGCACCGCUAGCACCUCCAACCACUCAGUACCAUCCGUACUACUAUCAUCGCUAUUAUCAGCAUCUUCCUACAAAACCGGCGUGCCGUAGUAAAGCUCUCGCAUCGCGAAUAUACUACCUGUUUCGAUAACUGUGUGCACUCUCGAGUUAAUAUGAUUUCGGCGCGAUAAUAAUGAGUUUGAAGUGGCUCGUGCUGACAUUGUUCUUGGUGUUGGUGGGUUUGAGCGGCUGGGUUAGGGGAUGCGGACCUGGCCGGGGAGCUUUUAAGCGCCGGGGACCGAAGAAGCUGACCCCGCUGGUGUUCAAGCAGCACGUGCCCAACGUGCCGGAGCACACGCUGACGGCCAGCGGGGCGGCCGAGGGGAAGGUGAGCAAGAACGAUUCGCGGUUCAGGGAUCUGCAGCCGAACUACAGCGGGGACAUCGUGUUCAAGGAUGAGGAGGGCACGGGAGCGGACAGGCUCAUGACGGGGCGCUGCAACGAGAAGCUGAACACCCUCGCCAUCUCAGUGAUGAACCAAUGGCCUGGCAUCAAGCUGGUGGUCAUAGAGGGCUGGGACGAGGAGGGCGACCAUGCUCCCGAGUCCCUCCACUACGAGGGGAGGGCGGUGGACAUCAUGACGUCAGACAGGGAGAAGUCAAAGUUAGGGAUGCUGGCGAGGUUGGCCGUGGAGGCCGGGUUCGAUUGGGUGUUUUACGAGAGCAGGAAUCACAUACACUGUUCUGUCAAAUCAGAAUCCUCCCAAGCGGCCAAAUAUGGCGGCUGUUUCACCGGGGAAUCCACCGUCCUAACCUCAACAGGCGUCCAGCGCCCUCUAUCUCAACUCCGUGUAGGCGAAAGCAUCCUUGCCACAGAUCCGUCCACCAAAAAACUAGUGUUUAGUGAAGUGCUCCUCUUUCUAGACUACGACCCCACGCAAAACAGACAGUUCCUCCACAUCACCCUAAAAUCAGGGCGGACUUUGACAGUGACGCCCAAUCACCUUGUCAGUCUGACUGACGGUAGGACGGUUUUCGCCGAAACGCUGGUCGUGAACCAGAAAUUGUUAGUUAGUGAUAGUGUAGAAACAUUAAAUGAAGACAUAAUAAUAAAUAUAACGAGGGUGUACCGUAGGGGUGUGUACGCGCCUUUAACGCGUGCCGGGACAGUUGUUGUGAACGGGAUUGUGGCAUCGUGCUACGCCACAGUGGACAGUCAGGACAUUGCACACUACGCGUUCAUGCCUUUAAGGCUGGUUUGGAACGUUAAGCUUGGGCUGUAUAGGGUUUGGACUCUCCUCAACAAGCCCUUGGAGGGAUGGAAAAGGAAUGCAGCUGAUGAAAUAAGCAAGAAGCAGCCUGAUGUGGGAGUACACUGGUACGCAAAAGUACUCUAUUCAGCAGCAACAUACUUGAUUCCUUCCCGUUUGCACAGCUAGUUUGUGGUGGUUGUUAAAGAUGCAG